AUGCCAGCAUUUUUGGAUUUUUCAAAGCCUGUUACUAGGAGGCUAUUGGAAUUUGUGCCAGAAACUGCUCGUCGUUCUUUACGCUUAACAUGCAAAUCCUGGGCUCGCGCCAUUGACGAGGUGUCACCGCUCUCCCUUCCUCUUACGAACACUGUUCCCUCAGAAAUCCUUACGCAGGUCUUCUAUCUACUGAGCCCUCGAGAUUUCGAUAACGCUCGGCGAACCUGUUCGCAAUGGAUGCGCGCUAGUUUGAAUGAGCGUCUACUAGAAAGUAUGCUUAAGCGAGCUGGCUGGUGGGAUAGCUGGCUCAGGGACGAUCGUACUCGACGUCGCAAAAUGAACGUCGAAAGAAGUGGCUUCUUGACAACUAGUAUUGUGGACUUCUCGCAGCUUUCUCAGGCAGACCGUUCACCAAUAUCCCAUGACUCACUUUAUACUUCUUCCUUCUCGGACGACGUACCGGUAGCGUCCAGCUUUCAUGUCAGCGGCUGUGGGAACUAUCUACUUGUGAUUUCGGGCUGCAUAAUCCAUGUCUAUCAACUACUGACCAGAUGCACGGCAAAGUCCACACCGAUGUCAGCGGAGGAUCUGAGGAACACAGAUAUUACUACUGUUGCCUCUAUAACUUGUCCGGCCGAGGUCCUAUCAGCUGCUAUUGACACCAGUACUUCGAUAUUCACUGUUGCAGCCCUAAUGUAUGGUCGACUGGGUAUGAUAUGCGAUCUUGUCUCAGUCGAUUGGCAGGAUGGCGAUCAUGCAGAGGGAAUUGCCUACGAUGCGUCGGGUAGCACUUCUGCGAGAAACUGCCAUUUCGGGAAUUUGCAUUCCAUGAAAAUGGCAUCUCGACACUUUUAUUACGAUAUUUGUUCUGCCGAAGAUCCUCCCCACAGUCUUUCAAUUUGUCCUGGCCAUCACUGUGCUGCAUUCGGAUCUGACUCUGGGAUCGAAUUACGCUGGGUUGACCAACAGACCAGUAAAGAUUGUCGAAAACAUUUGGCCAUGUCACAGCCAUCGGAGAUCUUGCAUUUUAUGCCAAACCAGCAGGACACGCCACUGGAAUUUCGACUUAUUGCAUCAUUGGCCGGCCCAGGGAUGGAAGGCUGUGGUUGCGAAAAUCUGCCACCGGGCGAAUCACGUCCAUCUUGUCCGUUCCACGCUAUGACGAACGACGUUCAAACCUUCAGUCGAUGGGCCCCGGAACAGAAAGACCAAGUAGGCUUAGUGCGAACAACGCAAUGCCACCAUUAUCGAGCAGUUCCUGUUAAUGACGGUAUCCAUGUUCUGUUCGUUGAGCCUCGCAGCGGGUUUCUCUGCGUCGGAUCGGAUGCACCAAUCGACGGGCCGACGAGCCUCACAAGAGCACUUGUUUGCGUUCCACCAUUCGGAAACGAAGCUCCUGGUGCGCCUAAGGGUGCACCACUUCCUACAGCCUUCACAUCUGGUUCAGACUUGAGUUGGGGACUCCGUGUCGUGGCGGCCUACGGAGAGCGACUUGUGCUUUAUUCCGUGCCUCUGGAUGUGUUUAAUGUUUUGAAGAAGGAACGUGAGAGACAAGGUGACGGCGUCAUGGCCGACAGUGACCUUGCGCGGGACUUCUUUGUCAACCAGCAACGGGGUCAUAAACGCCGAGGCAGUCUAGCUCAGAACCAAAACGGAGACUGGGAUUUCCUUCUCAGUGUCAGCUACAGACCAACCGCUAUGAUGUGGCCGUUCAAGAUCUACGGAAAGGAAAUCGGCCGGGUACAGAAUGUGGUUGAAUUGUCUCUUCAGUCUUCUCAUGGGGGUGCUCGCAUCUGGGCAUUUGGUGCAUGGGGCGAAACCAACAUCAUUGACGUGGAUACUUUUACGUCUUCCUCGCAGCAUGCUUCCAAAAUCCCAUGCAAAUCAUUCACUAUCGGCUCCGACGGACAUAUCGCAUCCGCCCAGCUAAUCAAUCGCUCUCAGAACUGCCUGGUCCAACCCGAUGCUUCGCGCAAACGAAAACAAUGCGAGCCACGAGCAGAAUUUAUUGGACGACACAUGCUUCGUCAACACAGCAGUCCAGCAAUGGUAAACGGAUGCAGUGCAUCAGCACCCAGCAAUCUCUUGAACGCCGGCCAUAGACGUCCUUCUUUCGCUGCACGGAUUGUUGAUGUCAAGCUGCCCGAGCUAGAAGGCAGAUGGAUGGAGGCUGAGGCCGUCUACUAG